UCCGCACGGCCGGACCACAACGCGUCUGUAUCUACUUGCCCGAGAAACACGGUGUAUUUUACAACUGUACUCGCGCUCCCGCUUUUUUUUCCGCGAUCGUCACUCCCUUUGUAACCAUUUUCUUUUUUUUUUUGGUACUAGUUUCACCCUCUAAUAUUAUUCUUUGGUUUCUUUAUUCUCAAUCGCUGGAAACUCGAACAAGGAAGUUUGUUUUUUGUUACUUUAGUAACGAUCAACACCAGAAAACUUGAUCUAGUGAUUGUUUUCGAUAUUCAUAGAAAUAAGGUUUUUCAACCUGCACCAUAGGAUGCCCGUGAGAUCGAGGGCAUCGAUCGUCACUGCGGGUGAUCAUCGAGAACUGCGUGUUGUCUCUGUUAAUGCGGCCGAGACUGCAGCUGAUUCAUCGUCGCAAGUAUAGAUGCGAUCUAGUUGGGAUUAAACGAGUGACAAAAGUUUCGAUUUACACGCAAGAAUAAAGUGCUCCAGGAAGCAUGACUAAUUCUUAAUAAUCGCUGUCUCGUUGAAAAAAAAAAAAAUUUAAGAAGUAAUUAUGCCUGAUAAGCCUGUGGGAAAUCGAUAUGGACCAAGAGAAAGUGACUUCUUUGGAGAGGAGAUAUCCUCCAUCGGCAUGUCAGUGCGGCCGAGCGGUAGUGCCUCGUCUGGUAUAUCGAGCUUGGCGAGUUGCGGCGAAGUCGAGGCGCUGCCGGAGCUACCGCCCCAGGACGAGGAGCGCCUACAAAGAGCGGCCCGAUCGCUUCAGCAGCGACUGGUGUUGCGCCAGUGGCUGGCUGAUCAUGGCCUCCACAACCACUACCAGAGAUUGAUGCAACUGGAGGUGAUGUCGCUCGAGGACGUCUACUGGGUGGAGGACAACUCGGUGCGCGCGGCGCUCGGCAAGGACCUGGGUCGCUGGAUCCAGGCGCGCCAGACGCUGCCCACCUCGAAGGAGGACCUGGACGUGCUCAAGGCCGACCUCUGGAGCAACGUGGUCAAAAACAGCCAUCACCAGGACGCUUGGACCUGGGGCGGUAUGCUGGUGGUCUCGGUAUCGGUCGCGGGGUUGGUUACCCUAGCGGCGAUGACGCAGCCAUCCCUAGCCCCCGAGGCCAAGCACUCGCUUCUCCAGUACGUCACCGGAAAGUACCUGCUUCCCGGCAAUUGUCGAGUGCACUUUGAAUGGGACGAGCCCCAACUCGUUGGCGAGACCAUGACGUUCAACGUUAAGUUUUACCAGAGGAACGGUCAGCCGUACCCCAUUUGCGACAAGGAUAACCUGAUAGUCGAGGUGACGGAGGGCACCCGGCAAGUGGCCACCGUUAUCCAACUGGGGGGCACCGAUCCCCUCGCGGCCAACACUGCGGUCGUCAAGUUCACCGUGCGCCACGCGGGACAGUACAGGAUCGCCGUCCUCAUCGGCUCCUGCCACGUGCACGGCAGUCCAUUUCUGAAAAACUUCCUCCCCGGGCCACCGGAUGCGAACAAAACGGUGUUUGUCCGGCACAGUUCGACCGUCGUGUGCACGGCUGGGAUCGCCCACGUCAUGACGAUCGAGCCCCGGGACGAGUACAACAACCUCUGCGCUUUCGGGAUCAACGACAAGCCCGUCGACGGAUACAUUGUAAAUAUAACCCAGAUCGGUAGUUCGUCGGGGGACAAAUCGCCGGUCCAGUGCACCGUACAGCUGGAAUACGACGCUCCGAACCAGCGGAUUCGGUUGAGGGUGAGCUUUCCAAAGGGCGGCUGCUACCACGCGACCGUCAGCCUCUGCGGGCUUCAACUCCACAACGGGGACUUUGACAUCAUAGUGCUGGAAAGUGCGGUGGCGCGAGCGGUUCACAACAACGUCGCCUCCAAGGACCCGGACACGUGCUACGCCGCCAAGUUGCUGGGCAUGCAGGGCGAAAGGUUUUCCAAACCGAAAAAGGUCUUUUGCUUCAUCUCCCCCAAGCAGCUGACCAUCAAGGAGUACCUCCUCAAAUUUAUCCCCAAGCGGCUGGUCACCUUUAGGCUCUGUCCGUCUACCAAGUUUCACUUUGAUAGCCCGAACAACCAGUACGAGGGCUACGACUCGUUCACGAUCGACGACGGCUGUCAGCCCCCGGUCGAGCUGAUAUCCCACUACCGCGACAUCAUCGCCGCGACCUUCACCCUGUUUCUCCUGAAGAACAUCGGCGGCAGCGAGACCUUCGCCGAUAAACAGGACUUUUUCUACCACGAGGUCAGGAAACACCACCAAAAGCACUACCACGAGAAACUGUCCAUGAAGGUCCAGCGCGACAAGUUGCUCGAAUCGUCGAUGAAGGCCACGAAAGGCUUCUCGGUGAGCGACUGGUGCCGGAACUUUGAGAUAACGUUCCAAGGGGAGCAAGGUGUGGAUUGGGGCGGGGUGCGCCGGGAGUGGUUCGAGCUGAUCUGCGCGUCGCUCUUCGACCCGGGAAACGGACUGUUUGCCUCGUUCGGCGAGUCCCACCAGGCCCUCGUCCACCCGAACAGCAGACGCCGACCGGGCCACCUGAAGCUCAAGCACUACGAGUUCGCCGGCCGCAUAGUCGGCAAGUGCCUCUACGAAUCGGCCCUCGGCGGCUCCUACCGGCAACUCGUGCGCGCCAGGUUCACCCGGUCCUUCCUCGCCCAGAUAAUCGGCCUGCGCGUCCACUACAAGUACUUUGAGCAAGACGACCCGGAUCUCUACCUCAGCAAGGUCAAGUACAUCCUGGAGAACGACGUCGAGGAGAUGGAGCUUUACUUUGUCGAGGAGGAGUACGACAAGGACGGCCAGCUCUGCAAGGUAGCCGAACUGAUACCCGGUGGGAGCAAGGUCCGCGUGACGAACGACAUGAAACUCCGGUACCUGGACGCCCUGGCCCAGCACAGGCUGGCCAGCUCGAUUCGCAGCGAGGUCGAUCACUUCCUCAGGGGACUCAACGAGCUCAUACCCGACAACUUGCUCGGCAUCUUUGACGAGAACGAGCUCGAGUUGCUCCUUUGCGGUACCGGGGAGUACAGCGUGGCGGAUCUGCGGGCCCACCACAUAGCGAACGGCAGUUCGCCCGAGUUCCUGAGGGUCCUCGACUGGUUCUGGACGGCGGUGAGCAACUUCACCCAGGAGGAGAUGGCGCGGCUGCUCCAGUUCACCACAGGCUGCUCCCAACUGCCCCCGGGUGGUUUCCAGCAGCUCAGUCCUCGCUUCCAGAUCACCGCGGCCCCCACCUUCGAGAAUCUCCCGACCGCCCACACGUGCUUCAAUCAGCUCUGUUUGCCCGACUACGAGUGUUACGAUCACUUUGAGAAGGCGCUGCUUUUGGCCAUCAGCGAAGGCACCGAAGGCUUCGGGAUGAUCUAAGCGCCACGAAAUCAGUUAUAUCUUCUAGUCUGAACGAAAAGAAAAAAGAGAAAUUCCUAGCUCAACUGUAUUGUUAACUACGCGCGGACGUCGAUUGCCGAUGGGCCGAUUUUUUUUUCCUUCGCUCGCUAUACACGCAAACUGUACACACGAUAAACGGUUGGAUGCAAAUUACUGGUCCUAACCGUCUAGUGGUUCUGUUGGAACUACGAGGUUUAGAUCCUCGUCCUUUUUUAUACGGCAAACAAGAGUAUGAUCUGUUUUUUAUAAAAAAAAAAAA